AUGACGCUUGCCCCUUUCAUAUUCUCGAUAUUCUUCACGAUCCGGAUCCAUGGGAAGGUGGAAGUAACAGAAGAAACGGAGAAAAUCGUAGAGGACGCUGUGAUAAGAGCAUUGGAAUCGUUACGAUCGGAGCGUCAAAUCACACAAGAGCAUGAGCAUAUAAUAGUUUCGCAGCAAGCGAAUCAAGAGUCGAAAGAGGCUCAGUUCACUGGAGAGGUGCUCGAGGAAGCGACGAGGAUUCUGGUACAAGAGUUUGGGAUGGUCAGUCGUUUGUAGAAUCCUUUUGGCUUUCAUCCUAUCGGCUUUCAGGACAUAAUUUCGGUGGCAAACGAGGUGAUCCACAAGUGGCGGCACGAAGCGCCCGCCACGUCUUCGAGAUCGAAGCGAAGUGCUGCAGUCGUGCUCAGAAGAGAAAAGAGACAAUCGGUGAUGUGUUCCUCUCCGUCCGACAAUUGUAACGAUCGAAUUCAGUGGGUUAUUCAUUAGCGUUUAUCACCUCAUUCCUUGAAUUCAGUACCUCAACCCGGUCGAUAACUGGCCUCUGCAACAACCGACAGACGCCCGAACUCGGCAACUCGGUGAGUCCGAUGAGACGGCUGCUCGGCGGAGCAUCCUACUCCGAUGGCCUCGGCAGAAUGCGGAGCCGAAGCGCUGCAGGCGGCGAAUUGCCAUCAGCCAGACUAAUUUCGAAUGCACUGCACGACGACCGAAACAAUCAGAUUUUCUCUCCGCACACCAACCAUCUGCACAUGAUCAUCGGCCAGUUCGUCGCUCACGAUCUCAUUUUCAUUCCAUCUUCAGUUGGUUAGUAGUCUCACGGGCUCAAUUUUUAAGCGACAACUCUUUUUACAGCUCGAGACGGCAGUGCCCUAGACUGUUCGGCCUGUAACUCGGCCUCUCGUGUCUCGCCAAACUGUGCGCCGAUCCAAGUGCCGCGCAAUGAUCCGUACUUCCGUACGCCGUGCAUGCGAUUGACUCGAGCCCUAAACGGCCAGGAGAACUUUGGCGUGCGCACCCAAAUCGGACAAAACAGUCACUUUUUGGACUUGUCCCCGGUGUACGGAUCGUCGGAUUGUGAGGCGCAGUCCGUGAGAUCGUUCCGCGAAGGAAAGUUGCUCACAUUCACCGGCACGGGAUACGUGCUCCCGCCGCAGAACCUCAACGACUCGAACUGUCAAUCGUCGGCGCCGUUCCACUGCUUCACUUGCGGCGACUUCCGGAACAGUCUGCAUCCGGCACUCAUUCCCGUUCACACCAUCUUCCUCAAAGAGCACAAUCGACUGGCGGACAGAGUGAUGAGAGUCGCACGUCGUCAAAUGACCGACGAGCAGAUCUAUCAGCUCGUGCGCAAGAUCAUGAUCGGAAUGUGGCAACACGUCGUGUACAACGAGUACAUCGCCAAGUACCUUCCUCAGCGGACCAUCCGCAACUUCGGGCUGAGACCGUUGAGGAGCGGCGUGCAUCGCGGAUACAAUCCGUCACAAGACGCGUCAAUCAGCGCCGAGUUUGCGGGCGCCGCAUUUCGCUUCGGACACAGUCAGUCUCGAUUCGAUUUCCCGAGACUCGACGAGGCCGGGAGGCCUGCCGGGAACUACGAUCUGGGCCAUGACAUCUUCUACGCGGAUCAGAACUAUCUGGCGCAGGUCGGAGGAUGGGAACCAAUCAUGAAUGGUAAUGAAAAGUCUCGGAAAACCCGCAAAUCUCGCGGAUUUUGCAGUCCAAAGUCGGCAGAAAUUCGCGGGAAAUCCGGGGCGCGCACAGCUGAACGAGUGUUACCGUACACCAUAAAACUACGGUAUUUUUUUGAAAAAAAUUUAAAUUCCUCGAGAAUAUUUUUCAAUUUUUUUCAAAUUUCUUGGGUAAAUUUUUCAACGGUAUUUUUUUAAAAAAAUUUAAAUUCCUCGAGAACAUUUGAAAUUUUUUUCAAAUUUCUUGGGUAAUUUUUUUCAACGGUAUUUUUUUGAAAAAAAUUUAAAUUCCUCGAGAAUAUUUUUCAAUUUUUUUCAAUUUUUCUUGAGUAAAUUUUUCAACGGUAUUUUUUUGAAAAAAAAUUUAAAUUCCUCGAGAAUAUUUGAAAUUUUUUUCAAAUUUCUUGGGUAAAUUUUUCAACGGUAUUUUUUUGAAGAAAUUUAAAUUCCUCGAGAAUAUUUGAAAAAUUUCAAAUUUCUUGGGUAAAUUUUCAACGGUAUUUAAAAAAAAAAUUCCUCGAGAAUAUGUGAAAUUGUUCAAAUUUCUUGGGUAAAUUUUCAACGGUAUUUUUUGAAAAAAUUUAAAUUCCUCGAGAAUAUUGGAAAAUUUUCAAAUUUCUUGGGUAAAUUUUCAAAAAAUACCGUAGUUUUAUGGUGUAGGUUAACACUCGUUCAGCUGUGCGCACCCCCCGAUUUCCCGCAAAUUUCUGCCGAAUUUGGACUGCAAAAUCCGCGAUAUUUGCGGGUUUUCCGAGACUUUGGACGCCGCAUAAAGAAAAUAAGUUUCGUGCACAGUUUCACAUGUUCUAGGUAUGGUCCGUUCACCGGGAAUGACGCCCGACCGCUACUUCUCAUUUGGAAUCCGCAACCAACUAUUCGAGAUCCGAGGCAGAAACGGAUCCGGCGUGGAUCUGGUCGCCGUGAAUAUCAUGCGAGGAAGGGAUCUCGGACUGUUCCCCUACGUUCAGUACCGACAGCUAGUCGGUCUGGCGCCAGUGAGCACCUUCUCCGACCUGAACACCACGUUCUCGCAGCCGAACAUUGACGCGUUGAGAAGUGUGUAUUCGGAUCCGGCAGACAUUGAUCUGUACACCGGACUGAUGCUCGAGGACCAUUUGGCCGGCGGACAACUCGGACCGACGGCCGCUUUUAUGAUUGGAGAACAGUUCAGCGCGCUCAAGACUGGCGACCGAUUCUUCUACGAGAGCAUUGUUGAGAAUACCGAUGCCUUCACUCCAGGUGCGUGCGCCAACCAUUAGUAGAAUGCAGACUUGCCAAAUCCCGGGCCAGCAAAUCGUCGGCCCGGCCCGGCCCGGUCGGCCCGGAAGUUAGACCUCAAAAAAAAAUAUGCAAAAAAAAUAUGAAGGAAGAGGAAGGAAAACGCGUGCGGCAAAAUUGCUAAAAUGGCGUGCCAGAGUUGCAAUCAAUCGCUCCGCCCACUCUUGAGAAAAUUUUCGUAAUUUUUGUGAAAAUUUUGCGACUUUAAACAGCAAUUUCUAUUUCCAAAUUUCCAAAUUUCCAAAAAUUUUCUAUUUCCAAACCAAAUAUUUCCAAAUCCAAAUUUGACUGAUUUGUUGCAAUUUUAAGUGUAUAAAAUUAUGUUCGUUUCGAAGUUCUAGUUCGCUUUGAAUUUUUAGGUGCAUCCUCCCGGGCGGACCGGGCCGGAAAAUUUCCAAUUUUGGCCCGGCCCGUUGCAAGUCUGGUAGAAUGUGUUCUGUUUGUAGAUCAAAUAAACGAACUUCGCACCAGCGCCUCAUUGGCCAAAAUCAUAUGUGCCAACAUGGACUCUGGCGCCAGAAUCAACUCGGACAUUUUCGAUUUGUAAGUGAUUCACCGGGUCAUGAUGAUCUUUGAGAAUCGUUUCAGCCGGAGCCGACUAGUGGAGUGCUCCUCGUUGCGAGACAUCAGUGUCGAAAAGUUUCUCGCCCGAUAG